GAGAAUAAUUUGUGUACUUUUCAGUUGAGCACCAGAGUAUGAGUCGUCUGACUGGAAAGGUGGAAGACCUCAGCUGUUGAUGUAGCAUCUAUGGAGGCAAAAAGUAUAAGUCGACUUUUUUACUUUUUGCUUCCGCAGCUGCUGCUUGACCCCCAAAGUUUUUCCAGCGUUCUGUUUUUAUUUGCAGUUUUCUUUGUCUUAUGUUAUCUGACCAAUCUGUCUUGGACUCCUCCCUGUCAUAAAUAUCUCCUGUGUUUUUACCUCUUCUCUACAGUUUCAGGCGCAUCAAAGAUGGAGGAAAUGGGAUCUUCUGAGGUACCAGUGGAUAAAGAUUCGUCAGGUUCAGAAGGAAGUUUGAGUGGUGCAUCAGAUAUGGGAGAAACUCAUAAAAAAGAUGUAAUGUUGCAGCAAUCCAAGUCUGAACUUGUGAAGAACACUACAAACAAUGCUCAAGAUAAGGACAAUGAGUCUGCUGAAAAUAAACUUCAUAUGAUUGAAAGUAAAGGAAAGACUUCAGUCGGCAUGACAAGAAAGAGACCAGAAUCAAAGGGAUCCACUCCCGGGAUGACUGAACAGCAACCCCCAGGAACUGAUGACAAGUCAAAAGUCGUCUCUGAUCAGGAGGCAGGAAGUUGGGGCUACUGGGGAAAUUGGGGGAAGUCACUGCUUACUACAGCAACAGCCACAGUAGCAUCUGUUGGUCAUGGAAUUUCCCAUGUGAUCGAAAAAGCUGAGUCCUCUCUUGGAAUUCCCAGCCCUACAGAAGUUUCAGCAGAAGCAAGAUUAUCUGAUGGGGACAAAGCAGGAUUAGAGGACUCUGAAAAAGGCCCCAAAACUGAAGAUGAAUCUUCCUCUCCAACCAGUGGGGCAUUUGGGAUGUUUUCUACCAUUACCACUGCGGUUCAGAACACAGGGAGAACUGUACUAAGUGGUGGUUUGGAUGCCCUUGAGUUCAUUGGUAAGAAAACCAUGGAUGUUAUUGCAGAAGGAGAUCCUGGAUUCAAGAAAACACGAGGCCUGAUGUACAGAACAACCACAUUGUCUCAGGUUCUGAGGGAAGCAAAAGAAAGAGAACAACAACAACAGCAAACAGCUGAUGAUCUUUCUGUAGAUGUACAAAAGAAAGCUAAUUAUGGAAUUUUGUUCGAUGAAUUUCAAGGUCUAUCCCAUCUGGAAGCUUUGGAAAUUUUGUCCAAUGAAAGUGAACUAAAGGUUAGAUCAGUGGUUAAUUCCCUGUCUGGAGAAGCUGUUGAAAAAUUGAAGGAAGAAUUGGAGACUAUUAAAGAAGCUUUUGCUUUGGUUGAAUUUGAUGAGGAGGAGGAAGAAGGGAAUGAAGGAGAUGAUGGGUCUGGAUUUGUAAAAGAAAUAUCUGAUUUGUUAUCAGAGCUGCAUGUAGCUGUGACAUCUGACAAACUGGGCAAAGCUAAAAAGAAUGCAAAUGAUUGUAUAAUUGAAGUAAACUCUCUCUCACUGGUACAAAUAGAAAUGGCAUCAGAAGAUAAAGAGAAAGAAGGACAGAAUGAGAAAUCUAUAUCGGGCUUGCAUAGGGAUCACAAAAUUUCAGUUGAGAAUAUCCAUACAUCUGCCGUCAGAAGUUUGGCAGAGCUCACAGCUAGGUCCAUUGAACAGUUCCAUAAAGUGGCAGAACUAAUUCUUCACAGCCAGAACCAGGAUGUGGGGGUAUUGGACCAUGCCAAAACUUUAUCUAAAUUGACUGUUGUCUUGUGUAAGGAAGUGGCUGUCCUUUCGAAACAGUUCACGACUUGUUUAACAAAGAUAGGGGUUAAAGAGAAGGCAGACGUUCUUAAUCCAUUAAUUACUGGAGUAUUUUUGGAGGCCUCCAACAGUGCAACCUACAUUCAGGAUGCAUUUCAGCUGCUGCUUCCAAUUCUUCAAAUUUCUCAAAUUCAGACUUGCUUGAACACAACGUAAUGACUGGCUUAAUUUACUUUGCCAUGAAAUUUUUAAAAACCUGUAAGUUUUAUCACAAAAAAAUCAUGUACCAGUAUGGAUUGUUUUAAGAUGCAUUUUGUAACACUCAAAAUGUUUUUCAGAGAGGGCAGGGAGAUGAUUUCCAGGUGAAUUGCCUUUCUCUAAAAAUCCAUUGCUGUAUGAAUGUACUAAGGUAUUGGGUUAUAAUCUCCAGCAUAUAAUAUUAUGGUUUCUUUCUGUGCAUCGAAGAAAGUUUCCUGUUUCUCAUAAUUCCUUCCAGAUUGAUUGCUGAGGAACAAAAAUGAUAUAAGUAUAAUAGCAAUGUUAUUUUUCAUUACUGAUCUUUCUACAGAAUGACAUGUAUAUUGGCUAAUACUACAUGUAAAUUAGAAAAUAAUUCAGAGAAUAUUUAAGUGGAAAUGCUGUGCCACAAAUUAUGUCGUUUACCAGUUUUCACUGGCUGGUCAUUUGACCAAAUACCACUUUAUGCACUUCUAUAUUUUUUUAUCAUUGCCUCCAAAAAUUUUCAAACAAAUUCACAAACAGAAACAAGCAGAUUAAUGUGAAUACUAUGCUAUGGAGUAUAACUGAGUAUGCAGCAUUUUCAUUUGUGUUUUUCUACAUAUCACUCCAAUGUAAUACACUUUGUACUUAAAGCACUAUAGCUUAUUCUUCGAAGUAUGCAUUUUGCCAUUUAAAGAAAUAUUCUGCGAGAUAAGAUGACGUGGUUUAUAAAGCCAAUGGUUUUUUAAUUUCUUAAUUUGUUCGUAGGGAUAAUAUAUUUCUAGUCUCUUUGCAAUAUUAUUCAUUGCCUGCAAAGGAUGAUGCCAGUGAAUAUAGGAAUGAGUUUUGAAAUUUAUUUUUUGCAUUAUUAUCAAUCAUCUUUUACUAUCAUUAGUGUAUUUAACACUUAAUGGGAAAGCAGCAACAUCCUGGUAUCCAGCUGCUUGAGAUCUCAUUUCCUGUCAUUCACUUGAGUUCAUAAUUACAUUGUUCAUGAAGUAUACUAUUUGCUAUGCUUAAUUAGGUCUAAUGUCACCUGCAGGAAAUAGUG